CCCAGGCGUGCCGCUUCCCCGAUGCGGCCCCGAUGCUGCCCCCGAUGAUGCCCCCAAGUAAUCUCACCAGCCUCCAACCUUCCAAGCCUCCAACACCAGGCCAAAAGAAUCGACCCUUGCCUGAUCUCUGAUCUUCAGCUGAAUCGAUGCCUAGCGAAAACGGCAGCCUCAAAGGCUCAGAGACCUAUUUUCGUCGAUCCGAAUGGACACAUCCAGGAGAAAUUGUCCUGAUAACCCCAGCAAUUGUUAUGAUAUGGAUGUUACACUUGAUACACUUAUUAUUACCUCGGAAUGUGUCUGCGCUCAAGUGUGCAUAUCUCGGCCGGAUUUUUCCAACUAGUCCCAUAGCUAGCGCAAGGAAUCGGCAGCUCAACAGGCCAGUCAAUGGAGGGGUAAACUCAAGUUUCUCCACGGCCAAAAAAAAAUGCCACAAGACCAAGACUGCGCAUUCCGAAGCUGUAUUUAGAAUUUUACUAAAAACACCUUCUCUGCCCCAAUAGCAAUGGAUGGUCGAUGAAAAUUAAUCCAAGCACGGGGGUGAGCCUGUGUCCAGCUGUUUCUAUCGCCCGAAUCUCCCCCAAUGGAGUCAAGAAAAGCCGAAAGCAAAAAGAAAAUCCAGGAAUCAGAGAAGACCACAUUUUCUCCUCUCCCUCCUCGUUAACUUAAAUCAUCUCCUGCGUUCAUAGGUGGCUGAAUUUCCACCCCACCUUCACAUCCCAGCUCCCAGCCGACACCCUGAAACAAGCCACACAUAUCUCAAUCACAUCAUGCUGCUCAUCCGGUUGGUUCCGCAAUUCAGAUCCUGUCUUCAAGUUAUCGGUGUGGAGAGCUAAUAAUGGGGCCCUUCGACCCUCUCUCUGCCGGAUAUCCUUAAAUACCUAUGUCAGCAUCCAGCACAUCAAGGGCCAAAAGCCUCACGCCAAUCCACAAUUCAGAGUUAUUCGUCCUGCGUGCGACAUACUCCUAAGUCAACAUGUCUUGUAUAGGACAGUGCACGAGAGAAUCAAUCGUCAUUGAUGACCUCAUUAUUCCUCAUCCUCACCGCUGGCAAAGUAAGUGUCAGAAAGGCUCCAUACCAGGAUGUAAAGAGAGAUUAUUCAAAACAUUUUGAUAAAAAAGAAUGGGGAUCAAAAUAUCAAAUACCUACAACGCCCCCCACCCCGCUUGCUAAGUAGAUCUACUGCUCUCUCUUUGACUGCAGAAGUUAUCUACAUAGUAGUGGGGGCUAUUACCUGGCCAUCUUCUGGGUUUUUUAGAUACCAUAAAGUAACCUCACUAUUUUGUAUCCUCGCCCCGGGAAAUGUGCUCUUUUAGCUGAUUGUGAUAUUUCAAGUGCUAUUCCUACUUCCUCCUGGAAAGUGAGAAAGUCGUCCUCCCUCUCGCUUUUAGCCAAUAGAAGAGUUGUUUUUUUUACCAUACCACACUUCUCCUCACUUACCCGCCUAGUAGGGUUGGGUUACGCAGCGGUUGUAGAAUUUGAAGUGUCGCUAUGAAAGGUCUACUACAAUCUGCUCAACUAAAGCCUUGGCUUCUAAUUUCAAAGCCCCUCAUGAUCCUGUAAUUCGCAGAAAUUGGAUGUAUGUAGUAUUCUGUGAGAGACCCAGAGCCUUAUCCCUACCUCCUUAGCUGUCGCUUCUCGUACGAAACCUUAUCUAAACAAAUUCCAAACCCCAUUUCCUUAGCUUUUUCCCAUAAUACCAUAUUUGGCUGAGGGGUCAUGAUGCUCACUCCGCAGAUAUAUGCCCAGACUUAGCACAAGUAGGGCAGCAACUAGUUGAUCCAUUGACACUAUGAACUAUAUCGCCCAUGAUCGCAGAAGGCACAGUGAGCUUCUCAGGAGUAAAAUGAGCUACUGAUGUCCACUUUUCUGACUUAUCCUGAUGCUGUUAUUUUCUUGACAAUUGUUAGUUAGUGGAUGGUUGUCCAUAUCUCGAGUCCUUACAAAGCCCGAAUAACAUGAUGUUGUGGAAAGCGGAGAAUAGAAACCCUUGAGUCGUGUCCCAAAGGAAGAGGCUCUGAAAUGUUCAAUUGAUAUGAUUUCCCCCUUGAUUGAGCAGGACAAGUGUUCAUGUUUGGUGAGUGCCUGUGGCGUGGAUCGAUGUCCUAAAAAUAGAGCCAUGUAGUGCCAAGACCCUAAUUAAGCUUAAAGUAACUUUCCCACACUUUUCGCAUCUGAACCUUAGAAAGCUC